ACAUGGGCGCAGCCAUUUUGUAAGUAAGCACAAUAAGCAAGGGACAUAAUCCUAUCCGGACCAUAGAAUGUCAAAAAUGGCUGGAAUUGUAAGGAAAAUCGUUCAGACUGCAAAGGCACCGGGAGCUGUUGGACCAUACAGUCAAGCAGUUAUUGCGGACAAUACAAUGUACAUAUCCGGACAGAUUGGACUUGAUGUUAAUACUAAGGCUCUUGUAGAAGGGGGAGCUGUACCAGAAGCAGAACAGGCUUUGAAGAACAUGGGUGAGAUUCUACAAGCUGCUGGGGUUACAUAUAAAAAUGUUGUGAAGUGUACAGUAUUACUAGCAGACAUAAAGGAUUUCCAUGCAGUCAAUGAUGUGUAUGUUAAAUAUUUCCCUGAAAACAAGCCAGCCAGGGCAGCUUAUCAGGCCGCUGCUUUACCACUGGGUGCAAAGGUAGAAAUUGAAGCAAUUGCUGUGAUUGGUAAUAUUGUGGAUGUCUAAGUUUUCUAUACAAUCAGUUUGUAACUGAGUGCAGGUACGUAUAUUAAUAUACGUACCUGCUGAGUGGGACACAUGAAAAUAUUUCUCUGUUAUUUUAAACUGUGAUUUCUAAAUCUGCUCAAUUAACAAAAUGAAUGAAAUGUUAAGUUGAUUAUUGUAUUAUUAAAUUAAGGUGUAUGCUAAGGUUACAUGAUAUGAUAUAAAAAUUGUCCAAUCUGUAUGUUAUUAUAUUACGUAAGGUAACUUAAAUAACUUUUUUUGGUUAUGAAGUGUAUGUUAUAUUGUAAGUGCAUGAAUGAUAAUGAUUAUAAACAAAAAUAAAACUGAUAACAAUAAGAA